CUCAGGAAAAUUAACAGUCAUAUCUGAAACUCAGGGAUGGAGACAGGAUCAACGUACGACACUCAGGAACGUUGAUGAGCUGCCUGCUUUACUCCACACCACGGUAAAGGAAGUAAGAAGAAGAUAAAUGCAUGAACAUCUUGAGGGAGUGAUACCCCAUCUCGCCCACACAAAUGGCGCCACAGGAGAGCCAUCUGACAGCCACACUCCUGACCUCCAUCUUGGCAGCGGUGCUCGGCUCCCUGCAGAUCGGCUACCAUACUGGCAACGUCAACGCUCCAGCCAAGAUCAUUGAAGAGUUUUUUAACCACACCUGGAGAACCAGGCACAACCAGACGAUGCCGGAUCACAGCCUGACUCUCCUGUGGUCGCUCUCUGUCAGCAUUAAAGACUUUGGAGCUUUGCUGGGCUCACUGGGAGUCAAAUACCUGGCAGAUUCUUAUGGAAGACGUAACUCCAUCCUAAUAGUGAAUUGUCUCUCUGUGGUGGGAGCGUGUCUAAUGUCCGCCUCCAAAGCCAGCAAGUCAUUUGAGGUUCUCAUCCUGGGGCGCUUAGUGUUCGGUCUCUUCUGCGGCCUGGUGAUGAGCCUUAAUCCGCUCUACAUCCAGGAAGUGUCCCCCACAAACCUGAGAGGGGCCUUCGCCACACUCAACCAGGUGUCCUUUGCCUCAGGCAUCCUGGUGGGAAUGGUUGCUGGUCUGGAGACAGUGUUGGGAACUGAGCAUAACUGGGCCAUGAUGCUGUCCCUGUCUAUCAUCCCGGCCCUGACACAGUACCUGGUCCUGCCUUUCUGUCCAGAGAGCCCUCGCUACCUGCUCAUCAACCGGGGAGAAGAGACCAAAGCAGAGGCUGCCCUGCUGAGGCUGAGAGGCAGCUCAGAGAAGGUGUUCGCUGAGCUGGAAGAGAUGAAGGAAGAGGCGGCCCACACCCAGACCGGUGUCACCAUCAAUGAGUUCCUCAAGAAGCGCAGAUACAAGCAGCCGAUCAUUAUCGUUCUCAUCAUCAACUUGGGCAGCCAGCUGUCUGGAUUUAAUGCGAUUAUUAAUUAUUCCACCAGAAUGUUCCAAGCCAAGUUCGAUCAGGCCAAAUACCUGACUCUGGGCGUGGGAGCUGUCAAUGUGACCUUCACUCUGGUGGCAUUCUUCCUGAUGGAGAGGGCAGGAAGGAGGAGAUUGCUCCUGACUGGUUUCAUCUCCAUAGCAGUGUGCAAUCUACUCAUGACCAUAGUGGAUUCUGUCCUGCACCUGGUCCCAGAGCUGCGGAGCCUCCAAGUCCUGCUGGUUUUCUGCCUGAUUUCAGCCUACGAGCUGGGCCCUGGCCCCAUCUCAUGGUUCAUCGCUGCUGAGCUGUUCGACCAACCUGGCAGACCCAUCGCCAUGGCCUUUACCAGCAUGCUCAACUGGGGAGGGAAGUUUGUUCUGGCACUCCUCUUUCCUCCGUUACUGAAAAUAUGCGGUGCAUACGUCUACCUCCUCUUCAUGACUGUGGCUCUGGCUGCCUUCACCUUCACCUGGAUUCGCCUCCCAGAGACAAAAGGCCGCACAUUCGAUGACAUUGCGGAGGAGUUCAGAGGAGCCGAAGGCAUCCCUUUGCACAAUAAGACUGGAUUCAACACUUUCACCUGACUGACCUUUUAACUCUUCGCUAUUGUCAAACUGUUGAAAGGGUCAGUUAACCCAAUUUACCUACAUGUUUUAUAGGGGUGGGGGGAAAAAAAUCAAUGCUGCAUAGUAUCGCGAUAUUUUUGUGUGGCAAUAUGGUACCGCCACAGCGUGCCAAGUAUCCAAUAUUUCUACUAUACAAAUAAUUAAUAUUACAAAUACAAAUUAAACUUUAGGUAGCCUACUAGAAUAUCGCUUAUUGUACGAAGUUGACUUGACUUGGUUAUGGGAACUGAAAGUGUAAACUGACUGACACUUUAUGUUUGGAGGCAUUUUGUUACCAUUGGAUUGUUAUUUUGAAAAGAGAUGGGAGUCUUCAGAGGGACAGACAAAGGACGCUUACAAAAUGUAAAAAAGUGAAGGAAAUCUGCAACACUGAGGAUUAAAAUUGGAUUUGUUUUCAGAGGUUUAUGUGGUAACUGAACUAUCUUCUGACACAAAGAGCAAUAUGACACGCUGUGCUGCCAGUGACCACAAAGUCAUUGAAAACGUUCCUGAAAUUCUCAGGAUGCUCAUUUGUUUCAUUGGGUUCAGCUGAAAAGUAUUUUGUAGAGAUGUUCCAGAAUGUUGUGUCGCCACCACUUGAUGUUAUGUGUAAAUAAAUAUUAAGUCAUGCAAGUCUCAAUGUUUUCAUAAAACUGAAAUAUCUUCGAAAUGUUAAAACUGCUGUCGUUUGGUGAUCUUACCAGAUUAAACAAUUUAAACACCA